AUGGAUUCAGACGAUGAUUUUAUGACGGAUGCGUCCAGCGCCGAUGACUUCUUGGAUACACAGGGAAGUGAUGAUGAGAGUCUGGGAGAAGAGUUCGGCGACGAGUUCGACGGCGGAUUUUCUCAAGAUAAGGAUCUACUAGGGAACACAAAGAAGCCAUAUGAAGUCGACUUCAGAGUUCUGAGCCCAGAGGAUAUUGAUCGGGAGCAGAGUCAGCAGGUCAACGAGGUCUCGCAGAUUUUGGGCCUGCCACCGGAGUCGUCCGCGAUUCUAUUACGGUUUGGGAGAUGGAACCGGGAGAAGCUCAUAGAGUCUUACAUGGAUCAUCCGGAGCAGACACUCGAGGAAGCUGGGCUUGGGACGAAUUUUGAUGGGACACCGAACACAGUGGUUGUACCAGGGUUCAUGUGUGACAUUUGCUGUGAGGAUGGCGACGAUUUGGAGACAUAUGCUAUGCGCUGCGGACAUCGCUUCUGCGUUGACUGCUACCGACAUUAUCUCGCGCAGAAAAUCCGCGAGGAGGGAGAAGCUGCGAGGAUAGAAUGUCCCGGGGAUGGCUGCCGUAUGAUUGUGGAUUCGAAGUCCCUGAGUCUUCUCGUCACCGAUGAUCUCAAGGAGAGAUAUCAAACGCUGUUGAUGCGGACUUACGUUGAUGACAAGGAGAAUCUCAAGUGGUGCCCGGCACCAAACUGUGAGUACGCGGUCGACUGUCCCGUCAAGCAGCGCGACCUCAAUCGGAUCGUGCCUACGGUGCAAUGUGCCUGUAAGCAUUUCUUUUGCUUUGGCUGCACGCUGAACGAUCAUUUACCGUCGCCGUGCACGUUGGUCAAGAUGUGGCUCAAGAAGUGUGAAGACGACUCAGAGACCGCCAACUGGAUCUCGGCCAACACGAAGGAGUGUCCGAAGUGCCAUUCGACGAUCGAGAAGAACGGGGGUUGCAAUCAUAUGACAUGCCGCAAAUGCAAGCACGAGUUCUGCUGGAUGUGCAUGGGCUUGUGGUCUGAACACGGCACCAGCUGGUACAACUGUAAUCGCUACGAGGAGAAGUCAGGAUCAGAAGCUCGCUCAGCGCAGGCGAAAUCUCGGGCAUCUCUCGAAAGAUACUUGCAUUACUACAACAGAUACGCUAACCACGAACAAUCUGCGAAGCUCGAUAAAGAUCUCUACCUCAAGACAGAAAAGAAAAUGACAAGCCUACAAUCUCAGUCCGGUCUCUCAUGGAUUGAGGUUCAGUUCCUCGAUACUGCAUCUCAGGCACUUCAGCAGUGCCGACAGACUUUGAAAUGGACUUAUGCCUUUGCAUAUUAUCUUGCUCGGAACAACCUGACGGAAAUCUUCGAGGACAACCAGAAAGAUCUGGAGCUUGCGGUGGAGAGCCUUAGUGAGAUGUUCGAAAAGCCGGUAUCUGAACUGGCCAAUCUGAAAGUUGAUAUCUUGGACAAAACGGCCUAUUGCAACAAACGCCGAGUGAUCCUUCUUAGCGACACCGCCCAAAAAUUGAAGCAAGGUAAGCACUCAUUCAUUACACAAUGUUGA